AUGAUGAUGGAGGGCGUGUGCUUCCUCGAGGAGGAUGGGCCCGUGGUCUUCCUCGACGGCGAGGCGCCGGAGCGGCGCGCCCCGAGCGCCUUCUCCGGGGCCUCGCGCGUGCCGCCGGGCGUGUCGCUCGUGCCCCAGGAGGCGGGCUACGUGCUCCAGGACUGCGAGGACGUCGACACCAUCGCCGGGUCCGUGGCGUCGGCGCCGCGGCCCGCGUACGGCCGGGGCAGCCCGCGGCGCGGCGCGUCGCCGGAGCCGCCCGCGUACGGCCGGGCCAGCCCGCGGCGCGGCGCGUCGCCGGACCGCGCGCCGGCGCCGCCGCUCGCGCCGGCGCCGCGCGCGUCGCCGCGGCGGUCGCCGAGCCCGCUGCCGGCCGACGGCUUCGACGACCUGUCCGCGGGGCGGCUCGACGUCGCGUCGGGGAACGAGGAGCUCGCGCGCGCGCUGGGCUUCGGCGACGACGGCAGCGCCGGCGACCAGUUCGCCUUCGACGCCGCGGAGCCGCUGCCGGGCUACGGCGGCGCGUCGACCCUGUCCGGCGCGAGCCUCGCGGACCCCGAAACUUCCGGCGGCGAGCCGCGGGGGCGCCGCGCGCGGCCGAGCCCCAUCCGCUACGGCGGCGAGCGGCGGUCCUUCGACGGCGUCCCGUCCUUGGACGGGCCCUUCGAGGAGGCGCCGACCUGUGCGCCGACGCCCGACGCGUUCGACGGGCGGGGCGUCGUGCCCCGGCGGCGCUGGGGCGACGCGGCGGCCGCGCGCGCGCCGUCGCCGGGCCUGCUCGACGAGCGGCGGCCCUCGAGCGGCGCCUGGUCCCAGGCGGGCUCCUCCGAGGACAUGGAGAUCGGCCGCGGCGACUUCACGCCGCGCGACGGGACGUCGCUCGCGGACGUCGGCGAGGACCACAGCUUAGGCGACAUCGGCCCGCCGCCGUCGCGGUCGCGGAGCGUGUCGCCGCUGGGCGCGCCGUCCCUCGGGCCCGAGGACGCGGGCCCCCGCUACCUCGAGGACCGCGAGGUCCGCGCGCUCACGACGGCGCAGGCGCGGCGCGAGCUCGGGCUCCGGGGCCUGUCGACGGGCGGCGCCAAGCCCGUGCUCGUGGAGCGCCUCCUCACGGCCGAGGCGAGAAGGCGCGAGCUCCGCGAGCUCGGCGGCGACAGGUCAGCCGGAAGCCUGUGCCUCGCGGACGCGGGCAAGGACGCGGACGACUUCGCGCCGCGGAAGCGGUCGAAGACGUCGCCGCCGCCGCCGGCCGGCGGCCUCCCGCCCGACGACGGGUCCGUGCUCUCCGCCGCGAGCGUCGCGAGCGAGACCAUCUCCGACCACUGCCCCGUCUGCGCGUCGUGGCUCCGCGGCGACCUAGAGAAUUCUCAAGUUUGGUCAGGACCACCCAAACCAGUGGUUGGUUUCGGCACAGGCGACGUCUACGCGUGCCGGCGGGGCCACAUCGCGUGCGGCGCGUGCAAGGCCUCUUUGCCCGAGGCCGGCGCCUGCCCCGUCUGCGGCGUCGCCAUGGGCGCCAAGCGCGCGCGCCACGUGGAGCUGCGCCUCGCGGGGAGGGACAUGCCCUGCCGCUUCGACGAGAACGGCUGCGACUUCUCGGGCACGAAGGCCGAGCGCCGCGCGCACGACGACGUCUGUUUGCACAAGAAGUACCGCUGCCCCUUCGCCGAGGGCUGCCCGGCGUUGCUCAAGGUCGAGGCCAUGCGCGACCACGGCGUCGAGGCCCACCGGCUCCGGGUGACGGACCGCGCGCCGCGCGAGCGCUUCGUCGACCACCUCGUGGAGAUGGCCGAGCCGCGCGACCGCCUCAACCGCAUGCGCAAGUGGAAGCUGCUCUACGCCAUCGACGGCGACAUCUAUUUCCUGCGCGUGCGGCGGCGCAAGGACCCGGGCAGCAAAAGAGAGCGAAAUUUCCAACUUCAAAGGCUCCUUUCUCGGCCGUUUUCCACUCGUUUUGGCUGA